AGAAAUUUAAACUAAAAAUAUGGAUUAUGGAAGGAGAAAGAGAAGCUCCAUUGCUUAGUUCCUUUUUUUCUACUUACCAAAGCAUAAGUCUUUUCUUUUAACACUUACUUUAUCCCCCCCAAAACCAGAUUCUUCUCUCACUUUUUCCUCCAUUUUCUCAACCAUUCAUUGGUGGCUUUUUACAAGCUCGGAAGCAAAAAAUUACACUUCCAACAAAACCUCUCUAGCACCAAACCCAACACCGCAAAACCACACCAAAACUGGAAGAAACAAGGUAGAGAAAGAACAAGAAGUAAAAAAAAGAAUGGCAAGAGAGAAGAUUAAGAUCAAGAAAAUUGAUAACGCUACAUCUAGGCAGGUGACUUUUUCCAAAAGGAGAAGAGGGUUGUUUAAGAAAGCUGAGGAGCUCUCUAUUCUUUGUGAUGCAGAUGUUGCUCUUAUUAUUUUCUCAUCUACUGGCAAGCUCUUUGAGUAUGCUAGCUCAAGCAUGAAGGAGAUACUAGAAAGGCACAAUUUGCGCUCAAAGAACCUUGAGAAGCUGGAACAAUCAUCUCUUGAAUUGCAGCUUGUAGAAAACAGCAACCACUCCAUGCUGACCAUGGAAGUAGCAGAGAAAAGUCAUCAACUGAGGCAAAUGAGAGGUGAGGAACUCCAAGGAUUAACUAUUGAAGAACUACAGCAGCUAGAAAAGUCUCUGGAAGCUGGGUUGAGCCGAGUGAUGGAGAAAAAGGGUCAAAGGAUUAUGAGAGAAAUCACUGAUCUUCAAAGAAAGGGAAUGCAAUUGAUGGAAGAAAAUGAACGUUUAAAGCUGAAGAUGUCCAAUGGCCGAAGACAAGUUGCUAGUGAAUCGGAGAAUAUUAUCUUUUGUGAGGAAGGUCGGUCAUCGGAGUCUGUGACCAAUGUUUGUACCUCUAAUGGUAAUCCACACGACCAUGAAAGCUCCGAUACAUCCCUGAAGCUAGGGUUACCAUAUUCUGGCUAACUGAGGAGAUUAUAGGAGAUUAAAGAAAAAAGCUUUGGUACGAUAUGAUUAACUUGGAUUAAUAUUGAAAUGCAAAGCUAACCCCCUUGAUAUUUGGAGGUACAAAAGUUUAAUGUGUAACUUUGAUCGAGCAACUCAUGCAAAAUUAUUAUUAUUAUUAUAAAUAAUUUUAUAUAAAUAAUUUGAAUUAAAAUGGAAAGA